CGCGUUGUAGGCGCAUAGCGCUGCCGGCGAAAACCCCGUUCACAGAAUUAUCGAGCGUUCUGUGGCACCCAAGCCGAAAGAGGACACUUCAAAUGGCGUUCAUAAAGUUCAUUGUUCUUAGGGUCCCGCUAAUUUUGCCGCAAUGAUAGGAAAAGAAAAGAGGAAUUCUUCCGCCCUAGUUUUGUCCACGUCGAAGUUUUGUGUGGUGUAUAAGUCCGCAGACAUCGGCUUUGGCGGCCUGCCCCAAUAUCUGUGUGGUUAAAAUUUGUGAAGUUGCCUCAGGCUGGCCUAGGCCGUGGUGCUGGAUAAGGCCGGCUGGAUUGACCAUGGGAGUGGCAGCCACACCGAUACACACGCACUCUGCUGCUGCUCCCAGCAGUUUCGGCACCCACGUUUAGAGGAUGGACUCUUACGAUCUGUUUGGUGAGGAUGUCACUGGAAGCGUGCUGGCUGGGUUGGACCUGGGAUCCAACAAUUAUGACCCAUCGGCGGCAACAAGAGGCGGAGGUGACUACCAACAACAGCAGCAACAACAAGCUCCACCUUCACAGCAACAGCAGCAGUCGCAACAGCAGCAACAUGCAUACCCGUCAGGCGAUGCAGGGGCUGCUGCAAUUCAGAAGCAGCAAUCCGCCUACAUGCAGCAACACCCUUCCAUGCAGAAACAGCCGUAUCCUCACAUGCCACAGGACUCACUUCAGAAGCAGUCAGCUGCCUAUCCACAUAUGCAGCAGCCUCAAGCACAAGCUCAACAGCAAGAGUCACCCCUUCAGAAGCUUGCAUCAUUUGGGGGUGAUUUCCCCGCGGGCUCUAAUCAUUUGGACCCAUCUUCACAGGCCAUGUACCACCAAAAUCACAGCGGGUAUGGUGAUGCAGCAAGGCCCAUCCAUCCUUCCAGCGCAGCUUCAAGUAUGAGUGGGGGCUAUGUGAGGAGUAUGGCUCCUCAGUCGCAGGCCCCAGGUCAAUACGGAUACAGUGGCAUGGACAAUAUGUAUUCAAUCGAUCAAUCAAUGGGUAUGGGGGAUUCCAGUAAUAUGCAAGGUUGGAAUAGUGGUGCUAAUUAUAGACAACAAGCGCAACACUACAGUCAAAUGGCUCAGGGAGGAUACCGCCAGCCUCACAUGGGCUAUCAAGAUCCAAGUGCUAUGGGCAGCCAAUCAAAGCUCCCUCCACAGCAAUAUCCAAAUCAGCAGGGUAUGAUGGGUUCAAUGAUGCAACCCCAUCAGAAUAUGCCUCCUACAAGCAAUUAUAGUCUUGCUCAGCAACAGCAACGGAUGCCUCUUCAUCAAGCAUCGCAACAACAGCCUACCCAACAACAGCCUCCAAGCACUCAACAGCAGCAGUACCAUGCACAAAAUUCUCAAAGUAUGAAUUAUCCUGCUGCAAGUGCAUCAUAUGGCAGCUAUGGAUCAAUGCAUCAGGCUGGAGCAAGAAUGCCGCAUCAUGUUCAGUAUCCUGGUGGUCAAUCUCAAAUGCAAAUGUCAGAUAUGACAUCUGGGCAGAGCCAAUCUUAUGCGCAAGGCUUUACUGGCUUUGGACAACCACAAUCAACUACCCAACAGCAGUCUCAGCAGGCCACACCACAGCAGCAACAGCAGCAAGCUUCAUCUCAACCUCAAUCUCAACCUUCACAGCCUGCCCAGCCGACUCCUCACUCACAGGCCCAGAGUCAGGGACCCCAAGCUGGGCAGCAACCAAGCCAGCCUAUCAUUCGGCCUAUUGGUGUUGACGUAGGAUCCACUCCGCAGUAUCCUGCUGGUCAAAAAGGACCUCAAGGUGGCAUAGGAGGAGCCAGCCCGCAGUACCGUGCUCCUUUUCCUCAAUUGUCACCUCAAAUGAGUCCUAGGCCACAACAACCUCAACAAAUGUCGCCAAGACCUGUGAUGUCUCCUGCCAAACCCAGUACUCUCUCACCUCAUCCUCAUGCAACUUUAUCUCCUCGGCCCAAGUCUGCAACCCCAACACCACAAUCCUCAUUUCCUUCUCAACAGAGUACUUUACAACAGUUAGAGCAAAUGGUGAUGCCUCAGGUGGCACCUGGAUCUGAUUACCCUAGUUAUGGGCCUCGUAGCCAAAUGGGUCAGCCGCAAUCAUCUCCUUUAGGUGCACGCACCCCAGUAUCACCGCAGUGGGGUCAACAAGGCAGUAAUCGUUCUGCUUUUAGUAUGAAUGGAAGCAUGGGAAUGGUAGAUUCACAGUCAGGCUCAUCAACUCAGCCAGCCUCAGUUUCAGGGGCCACAGAAUCAACGGGGACUACUGCACCUCAGCCUGAAUACAGCCCUGCCCCAGGCACUCCGGCAAGUGCAGCAGAGAAAGAAGGGACCAAGACUAGCAGCUUGUCUGAACUGAACGGUCCACAGUCGCAGCCAACUGUGGAUCCCAACAGCAGUCCAGCUGGUAGUGGACCUGACACUAGUAGCUUGAUGAGCCAUGGUACUAUGAAUCAGAGUUACCCGUCUAGUUAUAGUGGCUACAUGGGAGCCAAUAGCAUGCCUUACGGUAGUAAGGAGAUGCACGGGAGCAGCGGACACGUCUACGCAGGGAUGCCCCACGGGCCGCACGGGUCCGGCCCGGGUCACGGUCCCGGCCCAGGUCACGGGCCAGGACACGGUCCUGGAUCACAUGGGCCCUCGGGGCCGGGGGCCAGCUCCAUGGACAGCAUGCACGGCUCGAUGUACGGCGCGCAGGGCCAGACAGCCCCUCAGUCUGCGCAGUCGAUGGGCAUGAUGCCCGGAGAGUAUCCAUUCCAGGGUCCAAUGAGCCACCAGCAAGAGAUGGCGGCGCUGCAGCAGCAGAUCCAAGAGCUGUACUGCAUGCCGCCCGGGCCCGAGCACCAGAAGAUCCCCCAGCUCCAGAACCGACUGGCCAUUCUGCAGCGGCACGAGAUUAGCGACCGGUGCAACGGAGGGCCGCAGUGCCUGCUGCAGCAGCAAGGCCUGUACGGCUACAGCCCCAUGGAGAGCCCGUACCAGCCGCCGGCGCCCACCAGCGGCAGGGGCAAGGGCAGGGGCAAGUCCACCACGCCGAGGGCCAAGAAGCCGCGCUCCAAGAAGGCCCAGGCGGAGCUCGCCCUGCAGCAGCAGAUAGAGGCAGAAGCAGCCGCAGCUGCAGCCGCCGCUGCUGCCGCGGCCGCCAACUACAACAUGCCCGGCCCGGACAUGGGUAGCCCGCCGUACCACCCUGGCAUGCCCCCCGGACUAGCGGGGCACAUGCCCAUGUCGGGGCUCCCGCCUCACAUGGGCGGCCCACCUCACAUGGGCGGGCACAUGCCUCCGCACAUGUCACCUCAUCACAUGCCGGGUCCGGGACCCGGGCCCGGGCCUGGGCCAGGACCUGGGCCGGGCCCGGGACCCCUGCCUGGACUGUCGGGCCCGCCGGGGCCCCAGCCCGGACCGCCCUCGCGCAUGGGGGGCCUCCUACCCCCUCACAUGGGGGGGCCACCUGUCCCCGGGCCGCCGGGACCACCGGGCCCAGCUAGCCUACAGCCCGGCCAGAUGAUGUCCAUGGGGCCCACGGGGCCCACGGGGCCCACGGGUCCUUUAGGCCCCACGGGGCCCACCGGGCCCACCGGACCGCCAGUGCCUCACCUCGGCCCCCCGCACGGGUCUCUGAUGCAACCAGGGCCCCCACAAGUGCCCCAGCAGCAACCUCACCAGCAAGCUCCGCCUCAAGUCCAGCCCCAGGCACCACCUGCACCGCAGCCACAGCCCCCGCAGCCCCCUCAGCAGCAGCAGCAGCAGCAGCCACCGCAGCCGGCGCCGCAGCCGCAUCAGCCCCCGCAGCCCAGCCCCCUGCAGGCGCCGACCCUGCAGUCGCAGCCCGUCCACCCGGCGUCUCUGGACACGCCCCCGCCGCUGCAGCCCCCGUCACUGACGCCUCAAAUGCCCACUGAAGCGCCAAUGAAGAGCGAGGCCGCGACUCCAUCCCAGAUGGACACCAACUUACAGUCGCCCCAGUUCGAACCCUCCCCUCCGGACACGAAGAGUGAGACGAGCACGCCCAUUCCAUCAGUGCCACCGCCAGACUUGAAACUCGACAAUUCCAGUGACGCCACGUCCCAGGAUCUUGGCCAACUUCCGGAGCCUUACUUAGCUCCUUCCUCAAUGCAGCCUUCACCUAGCCUCCACUCACCCAUGCAACCAACUCCUGGUUCGUCAGACUCAAAGUCAGAAGUGUCAACGUCAAGUGGCAUUACACAGCCUCUUGAGUAUCCCAUGAUGUCACAGCAAUCAGGCCUUGAACCUGGUGAAAUUCCCAUGUAUCCUAGUGGCCCUAUGGGAGCUAUGGGUCCAAUGGGUCAUAUGGGACCCAUGGGUCACAUGGGUGGAAUGGGUGGUCCAAUUCCGUCUGGUGGAUUGCCUUUUCCUGGACAGAUACAUGAUGGACAGCUGUCAGAUUAUGAUGGUGACAAGAAAAAGGGAGCACGGAAACCAAGGUCCAGAAAGCCAAAGGAACCCAAAGAGGCCAAAGAACCUAAAACUCCAAAGGCACCAAAGGAAAAGGCUCCAAAAGAGCCUAAAGCUCCUAAAGCAGCUAAGGAAGCAAAAACACCAAAAGAAAAGAAAAAGCGUGAAACUAAGACUUCAGGUGAGGAAAAAGCACCCAGAAGGCGAACUCCAAAGAAGAAACGAGAUGAUGAGGAUGGAGUUGAAGAUGAUGAUACAAAUGUGGAGACUCCAUUGCAAGCAGAUGCAGAUGCAGACGAAACUUCAUCAAUAGCCAUGCCUGAUGAAGAUAAUCCUGAAAGUGCCCCAGCAACUGACCCUGACACUACUCUAGAUUCAACGCAAGAAGGCUCACCUCUGAAAAACAAGUCAAGAUCAAGAUCUAAACCCAAAGCGGGUGCUGCUACUAGAUCCAAAAAGAGCAGUGGUGGCAGUAGUGGCGGCGGCGGUGGUGGCGGCGGCGGUGGAGGUUCAUCUUCCCGUCGUAAAAAGAGGAAGAAGGAAUAUGAAAAAGAUGAAGAUGAGGUUGAUGAUGUCUUGCUUGCUACUCCACCAGCCUCUCCAGAGGAAGAUGCUGAAGGAUCAGUUCUUAAACGUCGCUCAGCCAGAAAUACUCAUCGUAAGAAGUAUGUUGAUGAUGACAUGUUGCGUUUCUCUGAUGAUGAGGAUAAAAAUCCUAAAGAACCAAAGGAGCCCAAGGAACCUAAGCAACCUGUUGCCAAGGUGGAAAAGGGUGAAAAAGUGGAACCAGCCGAAGUGCCUAUUAAACCCAAUUAUGUGUACAUUAACCCUGGUGAAGAGGAUACAAUGGUUGUGCAGCACAUUCUGGCUGUUAGGAAGGGAAAGCGUGAAUUGAGGAAGGACCCAGAACCUCAAAUUCCUGCUGCGCCAGCUGAAAAUGAAAUGCCUGAUUCCAGUGAUAAGGUAGAAACAAAAGAUGAAUCUCCAAAAACUGAAACCUGUGAUAAUGGUGAAAAGCCUAAAGAAGAUGAAGCAGAAAAGGAAAAGAGUGAAGAUGUUGAUGCUGUUAAAGCUGAUGAAGAGACCACAAAUGCCAGUGAGAAGGGUCAACCAGUGACAGAUGAAUCUAAGAAAACUGACCCAGAAGAUGAGGGUGAAGCACAAGAAAAGGAAAAAGUGGAUGACGAUAAAGACCAAGAUGAUGACAAGGAGAAAAAGGUAGAGGCAGAGGAAGCAAUUAAAAAGGAGGAGGAUGGAAAGAAAGAUGAAGAAAAGAAAGAUGAAGAAAAGAAUGAUGAUGAGAAGGAAUGGGUUGAAGUUGAUGAAUUUUACGUGAAGUACAGAAACUUUUCUUAUCUUCACUGUGAGUGGAAAACUGAAGAGGAACUUCUUAAGGGUGACAAAAGAGUGCAGGGAAAGAUAAAACGUUUCAUGCAGAAAAUGUCUCAUCUAACGAACAUCUUUGAGAAUCUUGAGGAGGACCCAUUCAACCCUGAUUAUGUUGAGGUGGACAGAGUCCUUGAUGUGACAGAACAGCAAGAUCCAAAUACUGGCCAUUCAGUUAAGCAUUAUUUAGUGAAAUGGCGCUCACUGCAGUAUGAAGACUCCACUUGGGAGCUAGAGGAAGACGUUGAUCCUCUGAAAAUUGCAGAAUUUGAACGAUUCCGUAAAGUUCCUCCAAGAGACCAAUGGAGGCCUAAGAAGCGACCAGUUGCUGAUGACUGGUGUCAGAUGGAUUCGUCUCCUACUUUUAAGAAUGGGAACACAUUGAGAGAAUAUCAGCUAGAGGGAUUGAACUGGCUCAUGUUUUCUUGGUAUAAUGGGCGAAAUUGUAUUUUAGCUGAUGAAAUGGGUCUAGGAAAAACUAUCCAGUCCCUAACAUUUGUGUAUUCUGUAUACAAGUAUGGCAUCAGAGGACCUUUCCUAGUUAUUGCUCCUCUCUCAACAAUUCCAAAUUGGCAAAGGGAAUUUGAAGCAUGGACUGAUCUUAAUGUUGUUGUUUACCAUGGAUCGGGCGCAAGCCGAAAUAUGCUUAUGGAGUACGAGCUCUACUACAGAAAUGAUAGGGGGCAGACCAUUCGUGAUAUCCAAAAAUUCAAUGUCCUAAUUACCACCUUUGAGAUGAUCAUAACUGAUGUUGCUGAACUGAAAAGUUUUAAUUGGCGUCUUUGUGUCAUUGACGAAGCUCACAGAUUAAAGAAUAGAAAUUGCAAACUGUUGGAAGGUUUACGUUCAUUGAAAUUGGAACAUCGAGUGCUGCUGUCUGGAACACCACUUCAAAAUAAUGUGAAUGAACUUUUCUCCCUUCUUAACUUCCUGGAGCCUUCCCAGUUCACUAGCAGUGAAGCUUUCCUUCAAGACUUCGGUGCAUUGAAAUCAGAAACUGAAGUUAAUAAACUUCAACUAGUGUUGAAACCAAUGAUGCUUCGUCGACUCAAAGAGGACGUUGAGAAGAGCAUUGCUCCUAAAGAAGAAACAGUGGUAGAGGUGGAACUUACAAAUAUUCAGAAAAAAUACUACAGAGGUAUUCUUGAAAGAAAUUUCUCAUUCCUUGCCAAAGGAACCACCUCUAAUAAUGUUCCCAAUUUGAUGAACACUAUGAUGGAACUUCGUAAAUGUUGCAUUCAUCCUUACCUCCUGAAUGGUGCUGAGGAUCAAAUCCAAUGGGAUUUUAAAAUAGCCAGUGGAGAAGAUCCAGAUUCUUACUAUAAGGCUCUUAUCAGUUCCUCUGGUAAAAUGGUGCUAAUUGAUAAGCUUCUCCCUAAACUGAAAUCAAAUGGCCACAGGGUCUUAAUAUUCAGUCAAAUGGUACGGUGUUUGGAUAUUCUUGAAGACUACCUUGUGUAUCAAAAGUACCCAUUCGAAAGAAUUGAUGGUCGCAUCAGAGGAAAUCUACGUCAAGCUGCCAUUGAUAGAUUUUGUAAACCGGAUUCUGAUAGAUUUGUGUUUCUUCUGUGCACCAAGGCUGGUGGCCAGGGUAUCAAUUUAACUGCUGCUGACACUGUUAUUAUCUUUGACAGUGAUUGGAACCCUCAGAACGAUUUACAGGCUCAAGCUCGCUGUCAUCGUAUUGGGCAACAGAAGAUGGUGAAGGUGUAUCGUUUACUUUGCCGCAACACCUAUGAACGAGAAAUGUUUGACAAAGCCUCUCUCAAGCUAGGUCUUGAUAAGGCCAUUCUACAGAGUAUGAACACUUCUCAGAGUGGAAAAGACGCGGGUAAUAGUAAACAGUUGACCAAGAAAGAAAUUGAGGACCUGUUAAAGAAAGGAGCGUACGGAGCUAUUAUGGAUGAAGACAAUGAUGCAGAUAAAUUCUGUGAAGAAGACAUCGAUCAAAUUCUUGAAAGACGAACCCAGAUCAUUACCAUUGAAUCAGAGAAAGGAUCCACCUUCUCCAAAGCCAGUUUUGCGUGCUCAACUGCCCGCCAAGAUAUCAAUAUUGAUGAUCCUGACUUCUGGACGAAGUGGGCAAAGAAAGCUGAGAUUGAUACUACUGAGAAAUGUGAAGAGGAAAAUUUGGUGAUUUCUGAACCAAGGCGACGAACUCAGAUCAAGAGAUAUGGGCAUGAUGAAUCAACCCUCAAUAUGUCUGAACUGGAAUCGUCUAAUUCUGAUUCUGAUGAGGGAGAAGAGGAAGGCCUUGGAAGAAGAGGUCGAAAAGGUAAUAAGCUUUCUAAGAGCAAAGAUAAGAAACAUCGGAGACCAGAUGACUAUGUACCUAGAGAAGGCGAAAUUGCGUAUGGAAGCUGGGAUAGAAGUGAGUGUUUCAAAGUUGAGCGUGGCCUUCUUACUUUUGGAUGGGGAAGAUGGCAGGAAUGUUUGUCAAUUAGCCAGUUCCGCAAAGGCUGGACUGACAGAGCGUUUGAAGACUGCGCUAGGGUCAUUCUUUUGUUCUGCCUACGGUUUUACCGUGGAGAUGAGAAAAUCCGAGCUUUCAUUUGGGAUCUUAUUACGCCUACAGAGAAUGGACAAACAGUCAUCCACAAAAAUCACAUGGGAUUAAAUUCUCCUGUCCCUCGAGGUGGUCGCAAACCCAAGAAAAUGAAAUCUAAAGAUGGGCGUAACUUUGGUCAAAAUAAUAUGGAUAAAGACCAUUGGAGUAGUAGUGAAAAAUAUGAUGGUGACAUUUACUUGGAGCCAACAUACAAGAAGCAUCUUCUUCGUCAUGCUAACAAAGUUUUGCUUAGAGUGCGGUUGUUGUAUUACAUCAAGCAUGAAGUUCUUGCUGAGGUGUUGGACCAAAUAUCUGAUAACGUCCCUGUCAGUGCCUUGCCGGUAUAUCCACCCCCGUGUGAACUGCUCCCUGUGCAUUGGUGGGAUUCAGAUGCUGACCGUUCUCUCCUGGUUGGUACAUUUAAGCAUGGGUAUGAAAACUAUGCUGCUAUGAGAAACGACCCAGCCCUAGGAUUCCUCGCUCGUCUAGGUCCCCUGGAUCCAGGUUCUGCUAUACUUGGUGAAAGUAGUUCUCUGCAAGAUGAAGAUAAACUGAGUGAUGAAGAGGAUGAAGGGCUAGAAAGACGGGGACGUUUGAAAGGAAUUUUAAAGACCCCUGAAGAUGCAGAGGAUUCAAAGGAUGCCAAUGGGUCUGAAACUUCAAAUACAGGGAAAUCAGAUGAUGGCGAGUCAAAGCCAAGUUCUGCUGCUCCUCAAUCCCCUGCUUCUGAAUCUCAAGCCAAUGACGAAUCAAAGUCUCUCAACACUCAAGAUAUGGAGUGGCCAUCUGCUGUCGACCUGAACACUCGGUUGCGUCGUGUCAUUACAGCCUAUCAGCGAAACUUCAAAAAGCAAGAACUUAUGCAAAUGCAGAAAGCCAAGCAACGAGGGGUAGAGGGAGAGCAGCAUGCUGUCUUGAGAGACGCUCUGAACACACCCGGAGUGGACUUUCAGCAGCUAGCCAUGUAUUUAUGGAAGAUGGAACGUCGAGAAAAGAUAGAGCAAAUUGUGAGGGAGAGAGAACGCCAGCGCCUUGAUUGCAGCCAGAGGAAAUGGUCUAGACGGGAAGAGGCUGAUUUCCUGAGAGCCAUCUCCAUGUAUGGGGUUGAAAUUGAUCGGAAAAGUGGUCAGUUUGAUUGGUCAAAGUUCCGAUUAAUGGCCCAUCUAGAGAAAAAGUAUGACGAUACCAUGACUGAAUACUAUCGAGCAUUUUGUGCUAUGCUGAAACGAACUUGCGGUGUUAAACUAAAUGCUGAAGAAGAACAAAGUGACAUGGCUGUGGAACCUUUAAGUGAGGAAAGAGCCAGGAAGGUGCUUGACCGAAUGGAGUUAAUGAGCAAAAUUCGGGAAGACAUCCUCCAUCAUCCUAAACUAGAUGAACGUCUCAAACUUUGCAAGACAUCUGCUGACAUGCCUGAGUGGUGGAUUCCAGGUCGACAUGAUAAAGAUCUUCUUGCUGGAGUUGCCAAACAUGGACUUGUGCGCACUGACCACUACAUUCUGAAUGAUCCAGAAUUAUCUUUCCAGAAGAUAAUUCGUAAACUCCUAGUUGGGGAAUCUCUUACCAGCUCUGCUAAAGUAAAGAAAGAACCUGAACAGGAAAGUAAAAAUUCAGCGACUGGAAUGAAACUUGAGCGUCCAGAGGAUAUCCUCCGAAUGGAUAAGGGUGAAAUUCUGGUUAAGCUUGAGAAAGGUGAAGGUACUCUGAGCAUUGAAAAACUUGGAGUGAAGCCAGAAGUUGAUAUGGCUGUGAAAUCUGAAAAAGAGGAUGUCAAACCUCCUGUAGUUAAAACUGAGCCUGAUGACAAUACUGACAAAGCCAAACAGAACCUUGACAAGGCUGAUUCUGAACCCAAGAUAGAUCUUGAAGAAAAAGAAGUACAACCUAAAGUAGAAGCCAAUGAUUUGAGUGCCAAGGAAGUAGAAGGGAGCAACACUGAAACUAGCUCUAAAAUUGAGAAAACUCCUGAAAACACUGAUACUCCUAAGGAACUAGCAGCAGAUGAAAUCAAGUCAUCUGAAGAGAAAAUGACUGAGGGUGAAACUGAAGAAAAGGCUGAUAUCAACACUGAAGUGAAGGAAAAGAAGACUGUUGAAGAUGAAGAAAUGGAAGUUGAAACUAGUGGAGCAAAGGACGAGGUGAAGGAAAAAGAGACUUCUUCUGAAACCCAGGCUGUUCCCACAGAUGAGAAGGAGCCAGAGGAACCAAAGGUUGCUCAGGAGGAAGAGAAGCAAUCCACUUCAACAGAGAGUGAAGAGAAACCUUCCGAUGAGGCAUCUAAAGAUUCUAAGACUGAAAACCUAGAUGUGGAUAUGGCUGAUGUAGCAAAAGAUGAUAAAAUUGACGAAAAAGGAGCAGAAAAAACAGAGGAGGAGGAGAGUAUUGCAGAGAAAGUUGAAAAAGUGCCUGAAAAGACAGAGGUUACCGAAGAUUCUACAGAGGGAAAGAAGGAUGAACAAACAGAAGAGGAAACUGUUGAAACAGGCAAAGAAAAGGAGGAAAGCCCCACUGACAAGGCUGAAAGUGAUGGUAAAAUUGAGAAAGAGUCUUCAAAGGAAGGGAGCAAGACUGUGGAUGAAGAGCCUAAAAAGGAUGUGAAAAUAGGUUCACCUUCAUCAAAGGAGGAAACUGUUGACACCAAAGAUGUUACUGAUGGGGUCAAAUCUUCAUCUGGUGGCCCUGAUGUUAAAAUAGAGAAGGAAAUCCACGGGAAAGUUCAAUCAGAAUUGAAAGCUCUGUAUCCCGAUAUUGAGGUAGUCCAUCCUCUAUCACGUCUUCCGGAAAUUGACACAAUAGUUCUUGAUUCUCAAAAGGUUCCGUCAUCCCAAGCCACUACAGUUAAACAGUCCUUUACUCCAAAGCCCACUUUUGGAAGUCAACCAGCCUCAUUCAACCAGCAGACUUUUGCACAAAUUCAACAAUCCCUCCAAGGCAUGAACAGUGCUCAAGCUCUGCAGCAAUUGCAAUCCAUGGACAAGCUGGACCCCUCUGUAUCCCAGCUUCUUGCUCAAAGCUUCCAGAGUCAGAUCAAGUGGCCCAAAGACAUGGCCAUUGAAGCUCGUUUGCAGCAUAUUGUGCAUUGUGUGGAGAAAGGUGAAUGGCCUGUGUCAAGAAACUUCUCAGUUUUCCAGUCAACAGUGCCUCAGUUACCUGUUGUUUUGCCUCCCGGAGUUACAGCAACUAUUCCUAACAAUCACAAUUCCGGUCUUGAUGUCGAUCUUUCGUACAUCGAGACAGUGAACGACAGGCGGGAUGGUGCCUCAACACCAUACUCUGACAGUUCUGAUGUCAUAACUAUCACCACUGACAAUGGCUCUAUGUCUUCUCAGUACAAUCAGUUCAUACGGAAGAGGAAGAGACACAUUGCCAUUGAUGUGGAAACUGAAAGAGCCAAGCUCCAUGCCUUACUUAACAGUACAAAUUCUUCAAAUCAACACCAGUCUUCCCACAUGGGCUACAGAACAGAGAGAGACAGGUUUGAUAGACAAGAUAGAAAUGAUAGACAUUAUGAAAGGCCCUAUGAUCGUCAGCAGCAACAAAGAGAGCAGAUGGAACGCCAGCAGCGUCAGUACAAGGAGCUAGAACGCCAUCAGCUUCUUGAUAGACAUCAGCUCGACCGAGUUCAGCAAUCUGAUAGAAGACAACCUACACCUCAACCCAAGCAGUCACCUCUCUCUUGGGAUGACGAAUCUCCCUCUGAUGACUCUCGUAGGUCUACACCAGCUCAUCAGCCGCCGCCUGCUCAUCAGCAGGGUCCAAGGGUGAUAUCAAUGCCAUAUGAUCUUGGUAAAUUUACGAUGCCUAACAAGCCCAAGCCUACACCUCCACCCACAGCCUCACCAGCGCCCAGUCCAUCUAGUAGUAGUGGCGCUAUGGAUUUGUCUGGACCUCCCAAGUCAAAGACUCCAAGUGAAGACUCUUAUGGGGCAGGUGGGGAAGAUGAAGCCCAAGACUUCUCUAUGGGCAGGAAACGUAAGAGCAGCAAACUGGAUGACAUGUUGGGUAAGCUAAUGCAGAAGAAGAAUGUACCUGUCCCAGCAGAUGAACCUGUUGUUGGAAAGGAAAUGAAACGCAGAAAAUUGGAUGAGAUUGUCAUGGGCUUAUCAGCAGCCAAGGAUACUAUGCAGAAGCGGCGAUCGCCCACACCCAUGAUCCCUCCCGGAGUUACUGUUACUCCGGCGUCGUCGUCAUCUAGGACACCAACUCCUACUCACUCGUCUUCUGGGUCCUCAAACAAACCUCCAUUUUCAAUCACUGUUACUUCAGUUCAGCACCCACAUUCUUCCUCAAAUCAGUCAUCAUCUCGUAAUACUUCAAGCAGCAAUACAAGCAGCAGCGCCAACCUUGCCAAGGACUCCUACUCAUACCUUGCUCAAGCAGAGCAACACAACCUGCUGCUGAAACAGCACCAGUUGCAACAGCAAAUUCUGCAGCAGCAGAAACUCUUGCAGAGUACCACAUCGAGCUCUGCACAGCGUAAGGCCUACGAGCAAAUCCUUGCAGAUGUGAACAAGGCUGCAGAACUAAGCAAAAUCAACUCCUACUCGCAUGAUGCCAAGGUGAAUAAAUGGCUUUCUGAGCAAGCUGCUGCUGAGGCUGCCGCUGCUGCAGGCCUGGGAGAUUUCUUGCCCAGGAAGAGGAGACCUCGCGUUGAUCCCACCUUACUUGACUGGAAAAAGCUGACCGGGGAGGAAAAUGUGUCUGUUAUCAAUAGAUUAACAGGAAAGAAGCUGACGGGCAACAAGGCGCCUCCGCUGAAGCACCUCGCCGCCUGGCUGCUCGAGAACCCCAUGUUCGACGUGGACCCCAAGUGGGCCGAGCUGGUGAAGGAGCGGGGGAACCUGCCUCACGACCUGCAGAAGAGGGUGCCCGGCGGCGAGCGCAAGAAGCCCGGGCGGCCGCCCAUCAUGGCCAGCCCGACGAGCCAGGCCGCGUCCAGCAGCGCGUCCGCCCUGAACUACCAGGGCCUGGGCUCGCUCAACCCCAGCCUGCUCAGCAUGGCGCAGAGCAACUUCCUCCUGCCCUUCGCCGGCCUGCCCAACAUGAACGCGGCCGCCUUGGGCAGCAUGGGCGGGCUGGGCAACCUCAGCAACCUCGGCCUAUCCAGCUCGCUGUUCGCCAACCUGGCGAGCCUGGGGCUCCCCGGCCUGUCCGGCAUGGACGCGGCCGCGUUGACGGAGCUGCUGGCCUCGGCCGGCACGACAGCCACCCCAACCUCCGGCUCGUCGGCCAGCAUGUCCUCCAAGAAGACGGACUCGCACGGCGACAAGGAUCGCGAUCGCAGGGAUGACCGUUCGCGCGAUCAGGAGCGCUCUCGUGACCGAGGGUCAAGUUCUACCAUGACGAGCUCGAGCGCGGCGACGAGCACGAGCAACUCCAAGACGUCGUCCAGCGCCUCGUCGAUGCCCUUCAUGUUCCCCAACCCGAACCUCCUGUACUCGCCGCUGGGUCUCGGGGGCCUCAACCCGUUCAGCUACGACGCGCUGGCGCAGGUGGGACUCCUGAACGGGAGCCUCGCCAGCACGGCGACCACCUCUUCCAGCUCGAGCAUGUCGCGCUCGAGCUCGUCGGCGGCCAAGACCCAGAGCAGCAGCAGCAGAACGUCGGCGCCCAUCACCUCGGCGUCCACCGUGGCCGCGAACAACCGGCACCAGCGGGAGGCUCUAGAGCGGCAGCAGCAGCUGCAGUCGUUCCUGCUCCCACAGGACACGAAGCUCUUGGAGAGCCUGAGCAGCAAGUCAUCCAGGCUGGGCUCCGACGCGUCCAGAGCGGACGACCGUGGGGCGCGGCGGUCCAAGGCGGAGGCCGACAACCUGCGCCACCUCAUGGCCGGCGCUGGCAUGUCGCCCUUGGCCUACACGUCGAGCGACAGCAAGCGCGGCAGCUCUGCCAGCCAGGGCCUGGAGGCCUCCAUGAUCAACAGGCUGUACGACUCAGUGACGGAGCAGAUGCGCUCGGACCCCAGGAUGAGGGAAGCCCUGGAGAGCAUGACGAGGGGCUCGUCGAGCAGCAAGGACGCCAUGAAGGACGUCAUGAUGAAGACGGCCCUCGAGAGCUUGACGCACUCGUCCUCUCGGGGCGGCAGCAGUAGUAGCAGCACGGACCCGUACGCCAAGUCCCGGGAGUUGGUCAUGAAGGAGGCCAUGGACAAGUACGGCCACGUUCCGACGGAUCUGCUCAUCGGGAGGAGUGACAGGAGCAUGGGGUCCAGCUCGGAGAGGAGCAGUGACCGUGGGGCCACCGACUCGACCUCAAAGCGUCCCCGGGACGCCGUGGUGAAGGAGGCGUUGGAGAGCCUGGGCCAGAGCUUGGCUUCGGGUGCUCUCGCCAAGCAGAGCCGAGAGGCCAUUCAGAUGGCAAGCCUGCUCGGGAAUCCUUCGUGGGACCUCGUGAUGCGCGGAGCUGGGACCGACGAUCGGAAGAGAAAAACUGCAGAGGCUCCCAUGGAGCUGAUCUCGCCAAGCAAGGGCGAGAGUAGAUCAAGUGGGGACAGAUCUAGAGACGAUAGGUUAGACAAGGAAGACAGGGUGAAGGACAUGAGGUCCAGGAAGGAGGAUGAAAGAUCUUGGUCUGAAGAGAAGUCGAGGAGACAAGAAGCCGAAAUGAGAAAAGCUUCGGACGACAAAGGAAAGGCGAGGGCACUGGACGCCCACGACCUGACAAAGGGCGACCUGGCCGACCUGUCCCGGAAACUACCGGCCUCGGACCUUUCCAUUACCGUGACCGAGAGAAGUAGCAAGCACAGCAGGGAAGUUGUCGGUGAGGUGAGCGACAUUCCAAGCGAGCGGCCUUCGAAGCGCCCGCGAGAGGCGGACGACGCUGGAGAGGCCGCCGUCCUGGACAUGGCGGCGUCGUCCAAGAGGGCGAGGGAGGAGAAGGUCGAGGACGCUGCUCAGGACAAAGUGGCCGUCGAGGACGCGCCGCCCCCAGCAGGCGACACCGUUCCGGAGAGUGCGCCGGACGCCAAGAACUCCGAGCUGGAGGCCCCUCCUGGGCAAGAGGAGGCCGACAACGAGGAGCAGGGCAAGGCGCGAGGUGUUCGCCGGCGCGGAGGCAGUAGUAGCAGCAGCAAGGGCAAGUCCCCCGAGGACGACUCGCUUGUGGAGCGGAAGGUGUUGCGCAGCAGUGCUGGCCGAGCUGCGGCGGCCGCGGCUGCGCGCGCUGCACGCGAGCAGGCGGCGUCCACCACCGGGACCGGCCGCUCGAGGGAGGAGUCAGAAUCUGAUGAGGCAUAGGCGGAACUUGCCAUCACUAGAAUCUUGAAAACUUCUAUUUUCACUUUUGUAUCAUAAUGUUUGUUUUUUAGAAUUAAUAGACUUCGAUGCAAAAAUGUGUCUUUUUAAUGAAAUGAAGUGUGUAUAGUCUAAAUUCUUCUCCAUAUUCAAUUUUAAAUUGUCUUGUUUUUAUUGUCUGAGAGUUGGGUGUAUGUGCUGCUAGCUUAUUGUGUCCCAUUGUUUAUCUCCUGUAUAUUUUGAUAUCUUUUAAUCUUUAAGGUGGUGUACGUAGAGCUGUUGAGGUUACGUUUACCGAGCAUGGCUGUGUUGUGGAAGGGGAGCAGCAAUAGUCUUAUUGCAUUCACAAUGUGGCUACAAUGCCACUUAGUUCCCAGUUUUUAUCCAUAAAUUUUAGCUCAUUUGUUUGUGCUGCUUCUUCUUCCCAACCAAACACAUUGCCAUGUUGCGUAUUGUAUAUAAUCAUAAAUUUUUGCAUCAAAGUCUUGUAUUUCUUUUCUAGUUAUUUGACUGUGCAUUCUGUGAUAGCCUUUCCUCCUCAGAAAAGUUGAAUAUUUAACUGGUAGUGUGUAUGAUGAACAAUUGUGGAGCUGGAGGCCAUUUUGAGUCCUAUUCUUUGGCUUCUAUUUAUUUAGCCAAAAAAUAAAAGAUUAUCACUGUAGUAUUCUUUUUUAUAUAAUAUAUAUAUACAUAAUACAUAUAUAAAUAUAUGUUUAUUUUGGGGACAAAUGGACUUGUUUUAAGGUUGCCUUUUUUUCCGUUUUAAAGAAAACUGACGUUUCUAGCUUGGAACUAUUUCUUAAUUUAUUUGUCUGUUGACCAGUCUAACUGCCUGCCCAUGUGUUUAAAUGAUUAAUGUUACAGUAUUGGUGAUGUAAGGCGCAUUGUUUAAGCGCAUGUCAGGUGAUUGAAUCAAUUUUGUAUUGUUCUUGUCCAAAAGUGUGUUGUGAAAUGUACAUAGCUAGUGCUGUAAGCUUGCUCUGAUCAUGAAUUUAGGAAUUGUAAACAUGUAAAGAAGUGGAUGUGACUUGAACUUACAUAUUGCAGCAGCAGCUAAGAUGAGAAAAAUCAUUAGGAUGAAAUUGUUGCAUAGUGUUAUUAGUAUUUAUAUUCAACGUACAAUCAAAGCUUAAGAGAAAUGAAUUUCCAACCCAUAUGAACUUUGUACAGAAAAGUACUAUUUGAGUGUGCACAUUUUAUUUGCAAAUAUAUCCUUACACCUAUUUUAUUUUUCUGAGAGCUUUGUUCAGGAUACCCAUCAAUCCCAUGCUUUCCAAUUGAUACAGGCACAUCACAACUUGCUACUCUAUAGCUUGGUUCAAGGCUCUUCCAUCUUAUCUCUUUUUCUUUUUUUUUUUUCUACAACAGGCUUAGCUUCAUGUGUAAACUUGGUGUCUAAAAUAUUUACCCUUGGCUGCUGGGUAAAUAAGUGUUAUGAAACUAUUGAUAAUAAAUACUCUUACAGUAUUA